AUGUCAGGUGAACUUAAGAAUCCAUCCAGGUCUAUCCCUCAAGGAACACUCAAAGGUUUGCUAACAAGUUUUAUCCUCUACUUCUUAGUGAUUAUAUCUUUGGGUGCUUCAGUUCCUAGAGAGUUGCUUCAUAAGGAUAUUAAAAUUAUACAAACCGUGAACUUGAAUGGACUCAUCAUUAUUUUCGGAGAGGUUUCUACUUCUUUAUUUUCUGUGAUCAUGGGUGUUGUCGGAGCGGCGUCCAUGCUUAAUGCAAUUGCUGACGAUAGGAUUAUACCAGGGUUGAAUCUGUUUGCUAUGGCGAAAAAGAAGCCAGCAGAGAAAAGAAGAGCCGAAAUCUAUAGCAUCAUUUUUACUUGGUUUCUUGCACAGAUAUUUCUUUUUGCAGACAUCAACGAAAUUGCCACGUUAAUCACAAUGGCGUUUCUCAUGACAUUUUUGGUUACAAAUCUUGCAUGCUUUUUAUUACGGCUUGGAUCAGCUCCAAACUUUAGACCCUCAUUCAAGUACUUCAGCUCCAAAACAGCAUUCACGGGUGGCCUUGUUUCAGUCCUUGCAAUGUAUUUAGUGGAUGGUGUUUCGGCGACCUCGAUUAUCGUUUUCUUGGUUUUUUUGAUUAUGAUGAUUCACUACUCCACGCCGCCACUGAGAUUCGGGGACAUUUCUCAACUUCUUAUCUACCACCAAGUUAGAAAAUAUUUAUUGAGACUAAAACUUCAAAUGAGCGUCAAGUAUUGGAGGCCUCAGAUCCUAUUACUUUGUGACAAUCCUCGGACUUCAUGGAACUUGAUUGGAUUCUGCAACCAUUUGAAGAAAGGAGGGUUGUACAUUCUUGGGCAUGUUGUUCUUUUGGCUGAUGAUUCCGAUCACCUGAAUUCAACAUCAGGAUUCAACGUUGAAUCAUUCAAAGAGGUACAAAAGCAGAAGAACGCGUGGGUCAAGCUUAGAGACAUGGCAAAGAUUAAAGCAUUUGUGCAAAUUGCAAUUGGACCAACGCUUCCCUGGGGAGUAAGAAACGUGUUUUUGGGAUCUGGAUUGGGCGGGAUGAAAACCCAAUAUCACAGUGAUCGAGCUUUUAUGAUUUUGUAA